AGUUGUUUUUUAUUUUGCUUGUUUUGAAUUACAUGUUAGCGGUUAAUUGAUGAUUUUUUGUAUAUUAUAAACAUUUUAUUUCAUUUUUGUGUAAAUAUAUACUAAUUUCUCACGUCCAUCAUGAGUGUUAGCGCUGCCUCAGUCGCUUCAACAAACACUCAAGACGAGGAGGUAGAAGAAUGUGGACCACAGCCUUUAGCAAAAUUAGAGGGCAAUGGAAUCACUUCAGGAGACAUAAAAAAGUUGGAGGAAGCAGGUUAUCACACUGUAGAGUCUGUGGCAUUCGCCCCCAAAAAGUACCUGAUGUCCAUAAAAGGCAUAUCAGAGGCGAAAGCUGAUAAAGUUUUAGCGGAAGCUGCCAAGUUGGUUCCUAUGGGUUUCACUACUGCCACUGAAUUUCACCAAAAGAGGUCGGAAAUCAUUCAGCUGACCACUGGGUCAAAAGAGUUAGAUAAACUGCUGGGAGGCGGGAUAGAAACCGGAUCUAUUACUGAAAUAUUCGGAGAAUUUCGAACUGGAAAAACUCAGUUGUGCCAUACACUAGCUGUUACUUGUCAGCUGCCCAUUGAAAGUGGUGGAGGCGAGGGCAAAUGUUUAUACGUAGAUACAGAGGGAACAUUUCGACCCGAAAGACUGUUAGCUGUAGCGGAACGUUACCAAAUGAACGGACAGGAUGUUCUUGAUAACGUGGCCUAUGCCAGAGCUUACAACACAGACCACCAGACUACUUUACUUAUUCAAGCUUCUGCUAUGAUGGCUGAAUCUAGGUAUGCUUUAUUGAUAGUAGACAGUGCCAUGGCACUUUAUAGAACAGACUAUUCUGGUAGAGGGGAAUUAUCAGCAAGACAAAUGCAUUUGGCCCGAUUUUUAAGGAUGUUGCUGCGAUUAGCAGAUGAGUUUGGAGUAGCUGUCGUGAUCACAAAUCAAGUUGUAGCCCAAGUCGACGGAGCCGCCAUGUUCAACGCUGACCCCAAGAAACCUAUCGGCGGAAACAUCAUGGCGCACGCUUCCACAACCAGAUUAUACCUCAGGAAAGGCAGAGGGGAAACUCGAAUGUGCAAAAUUUACGACUCGCCUUGCUUGCCAGAAUCCGAAGCGAUGUUCGCCAUCAAUCCAGAUGGCAUAGGAGAUGCCAAGGAAUAAGUUCCGCAAGGAACACAAACUCUGUUUGUAUUAUUUUUGUUGUAGAAAUAAGUGAAGGAUGUGCUGCUGCAGUUUUGAGGUAUUUUCCAUUUUCUUCCAUAUUUUUGAGGUUAUAUGUGGGUUUUGUGUUGACAGUUUUUUGGGUUAGGUAAGUGUUCUGACAUGUGACAAGAGAACUUGUCAGAAUUAUAGUGUUUUAUGGCAGAGAACUUUAAAUACUAACACUAUGUUUUAUGAUUGAUUU